AUGGCCUGCCGCCUCCCACCUCCCCAGAAAUUCCGCGGCGCUGGGGGGGCAGGGCGCAGACGGCCCGCGGCACCUCCCCACGGGAUGGCCAGGUCGUGCGCGACUCCCCUGCGCGGCUGGCCAGCUCCAAGCUCGCCUCCCUUCCCACCGUCGCGCCCGGGAGAGGAAGCCAGGCGGCCUUUGCCCCCGCAUAGGCCAGCCGAGAAUGCGGGGCCACGCUUCCCAUUCCGCCCGCCCGAGGACUCGAGGGCACCGGGGCGGAGAAGGGACGCACAGGGCCCAUCGAGAUCGCCCGCGGGGGACGCGGGGCAAGGCCCGGGCCGCUCGGGUCCCGCGGGACCCCGCCCACCCCGCCCCGCGGGCAGACCCGGGGACCAGCGCGCGCACGGCCGCCCGUGCGCCUCGGCGGGCCAAACCCUGUCCCGCGGCCCCCGCCCCGAGGCGCACCUCUCCCGGGCCGCGCCGGGGCCCCCGGGCGCCGUGCGAGCGCCUUCCCGCCGCCCGGCGCGCGGCCCGCACAGCCCGCGGGGAAGGCGCGAAGUUUGCCAGACGCGCGCGGCGCGGGGCGCGGACAGCCGGUGGCCCCGGGGACCGACGCCCCCCGAGGAGCAGGCGCGCGGGCGGCGCGGGGGGCGCGCUCCGGGCAGGGCCGCCCUCGUGCCGACCCGCAUCUCCCACCGGCGGCCGCCCGGCCGCGGCGUCCCCGCAGGGAGGGGCGCGGGCGCCGGGGACCCCACGCCGCGCCGCCCCCGCCCCCCGCCGGCCCCGCGGAGGGGGCUUCCCACAAUGCCCAGCGAGCCGCAGCCCGCACUUCCGCCGUCCGGCCGCCCACGGGGCGGGGGGGGGGGGACGGAGGCGGACCGACCCCCGCCGCGGCCCCCUCCGCCCCGCGAGCGGAGCCGGCGGACCGAGGGCAGCCCAGGCGAGCGCGCAGCUCGGACCCACCCGGACGCGGCGUUCGCCCGGCGGCCGCGGCGAUCACCGGCGCCGGUCCGGCGGCCGCGGCGCCCGCCCUCGCCCGCGCCCCAUGGGGUCACAGGUAAGCGGCGCCGGCUUAUUGUCCGCGGCCGGGCCGGCGCCUCGCGGCGGGGCCGGGGCCCGGGCCGGGCCGGCCGCUGCGCGCCGGGGCCCCUCCGAGUCAGGGCGCGCCCCCGCCGCCCGCCCCUCGCGCCCCGCCCCGCGGGGGCGCCCUCCCGGCGGCGAUCGGCGCGCGCGGCGGCGGCGGCGGCGGCGGCUCCGGGGGUGACCCCCGCCCGGCCCCCGCCGGUCCCUGCGCUCCGGUGGCGCGGGCGGGGCGGGGCGGGCGCGGGCGCCGCGGGGUCCCCGCGGGGCUGCGCGCGGAGGCGGCGGCGGCGGAGGCGACGGGGCUGCCCCGCGCCCCGCGCCCUCGGCGCCUCCUGCCGCCGCCGCCGCCGCGGUGCCUCCCCCGUCCCCUCCGAAAGGGGAAUUUUCCAGCUGGUAAUUUCUGCUGCGUCAACGCCCGGCCCCGGGAGGCAGCCCGGGGGCGUCCUGGCGCCCCCCGCCCGCGCCGCCCCGCGCGCCCCCCGCCCGCGCCGCCGAGCCGCGCCCGGACCCGCCCGCGCCGAGUUUGCCAAGAGUCAGAACUGCGGGCGGCGGGCGCGGCGGCUCCCCGCGCCCCGCCGGGCCUUGGGGGGUCAUUGUCUCCCCUGGGGCCGGGCCCCGGCCUCGUCUCCAUUUUAA